ACUCCUCCUCUGUGGGUUACAUAGAGCUUUAUGAAGCAUGUUUUAUUUCCUGUGUGGACGAACUCUAGAUGUCUCACUAUGGUGCGGCUGAUCUGUUGCUGCAGUGCCUUGCUCCUGCUCACCCUCGUGCCCGGAGUCUGUCAAGCUGGAAACAUCCUGGUCUUUCCCAUAGAAGGCAGCCACUGGAUAAACAUGGAAAUCAUGCUUCAAGCUUUGCAUGCGAGAGGCCACAAUUUAACUGUUCUGCGAUUGAGCAAAAGCUGGUAUGUCAAGGGUAAUUCUUCUUAUUACAAUACCAUCAAUGUCCAAGUGGAGAAGAGCAUAAAUCAGGAGGUCAUCACAGAUUUUCUGGCCGUAGUACUUGAAUAUGAAAAAGGGACGCUUCCCUGGUUUAACUUUCUCUCCGUCAAUAUAGGAAUGAUUGGCACAUUCAUUGACAUUCACAGAAUAACGAGUGGAUUUGUAUCAGCAAUGAUCGAUGACCAAGGUCUGAUAAGAACCAUAAAGGACAGCAAAUUUGACCUUAUGCUCACUGACCCAGCCUGGGCAAGUGGAGCCAUUUUAGCUAAAUACUUAAACCUUCCUUUGGUUUAUAAUGUCCGCUGGCUGCUUGCUGUAGACGCUCAGUUUGCAAUCGCUCCCUCACCGCUAUCGUAUGUUCCUACUGUAGGAUCUGGCAACACUGAUAAAAUGAACUUUCUUCAAAGAGUUAAAAACAUGCUGAUACAUCUCGUAACCCAAUCACAAACCUAUUUGGUGAGUGAGCUAGCAUAUCAGGAGACAGUUGACAAAUAUCUUGGGCCUGGUAAUAGCUUACACCAGCUAAUACUAAAUGCAGACAUCUGGCUGAUGAGAACUGACUUUAUUUUUGAUUAUCCGCGCCCAACUCUGCCUAAUGUUGUGUACAUGGGGGGGUUUCAAUGUAAACCUGCGAAACCACUCCCUGAACAUCUGGAGGAGUUUGUGCAGAGUUCUGGAGAGCAUGGCUUCAUCAUCAUGUCUCUGGGGACUUUUGUGAGUGAACUUCCUCCUGACAUGACAAGUGAGAUCGCUUCAGCUUUUGCUAAAUUACCACAGAAAGUCAUCUGGAAGCAUAAAGGUACACGACCAGCCACUCUGGGCAACAACACUCUGCUAGUGGACUGGAUGCCACAGAAUGACCUCCUGGGACACCCAAAGAUUAAACUAUUUGUGGCUCAUGGAGGAACGAACGGAGUCCAAGAAGCUUUGUAUCAUGGAGUCCCAGUUGUGGGACUGCCUGUGUUUUUUGACCAGUAUGACAACCUGCUCCGUCUGAGAGACAGAGGUGCAGCUAAGACUCUUACAUUAGCCACAAUGAACAAAGAUAGUUUCCUAGAAGCAAUUGAGGAAGUCCUGAAGGAUCCGUCCUACAGGACGAACAUGCAGAGGCUCUCCAGGCUGCACAGGGAUAAGCCAAUGAAACCGAUGGAUACUGCCAUCUUCUGGAUAGAGUUUGUCAUGAGACACAAAGGUGCACCUCACCUCAGAGCGCAGUCCUACAGACUACCAUGGUAUUCCUACCACUCUGUGGAUGUGUUUUUGUUCCUAUCUGGAGCUGUCCUACUUGUGCUUUUCACUGUUUUCAUCUUGAUGAGGUGUUUGUAUACUGCAGUGCGUAAACCCAAAGUGAAAAAAGAGUAACAAGAAAUUAAAAACAGAUAGACAUGAAAAAAAGGUUGUCAAGGUUUUUGUUUCAUGUUAUAUUCUUGAAUAUACAUAGUUAAGUAACAUGUGUAACUGGUUUUCCCUUUCACCUUUGAGUCUGUGGUUCUGUCACAGAUUUGUUCCUGUUAAAAGGGAGUGUUUUUUUCUCUCCACUGAUGCCUAUAGUGCUUGCUCAUUGUGUGAUUUGUUGGGUUUCUCUGCUCUCGAUGAUGUUGUCUAUGUACAGUGCCUUGAGAUAAUGUGAUUGUGAUUAGGUGCUAUACAAAUAAAAUCAAA